UCGGGGGAGCCGUACUACGUUGAUUGUGUGACGUCUGUGCAGGAAGGGGUUUGAUUCGCGCCGCGUGCAUCAGGCGCUUGGACUGUUUCCCCCGGUGUGGAGGGAUUCCCACCGUCUUUGCGAUAGGAAGCAGAGAAGACUGCAGAGGUUGUACACACUGGAGACCACCUACAAGCAAUAAUGAAUUUCAGGGAGGAAAUUAUGAGUCGGAUAGUUCCAGGACAAUUUGAUGAUGCGGAGACUUCAGACAGUGAACAGACACAGAUUGAAGUCAUUCAGGAAAAGAAAGAAAUAAUUAAAAUGCAGCCAACACAUUUAGAUGCGAAUGAAGCAGAUGUAGAUGAAUUUGAUGACAGCGGUGAAGAUGAUGAAGAUGACUGGGACUGGGAUGAUGCCAUAGGGAAAGUCACAAAGCGAAAUCUGGCUCCAGGAGGAAGAAACACACAGGCCAACAAACAGACUCCCAGUUGCAAUGCAGCAAAAAUGUCAACUCCUACAGACAAGGCACUAAGAAAAUUUGAGAAUAAAAUUAAUCUAGACAAACUACAUUAUGCAGACUCUGUCAUAAAUAAAGUUACAGAAAAAUCAAGGCAAAGAGAUGCAGAAAUGUACCGGGUGAAAGAUAAAUCAGACAGAGCAACUGUAGAACAAGUAUUGGACCCAAGAACCCGAAUGAUUUUGUUCAAGAUGCUAACCAGAGGUGUUAUAUCCGAAAUCAACGGUUGUAUCAGCACAGGGAAGGAGGCUAAUGUGUAUCAUGCCAGCACAGCAAAUGGAGAGAACAGGGCAAUAAAGAUAUAUAAAACUUCUAUUCUGAUGUUUAAAGACCGCGAUAAGUAUGUGAGUGGAGAAUUCAGGUUUCGCCAUGGAUACUGUAAAGGAAAUCCUAGGAAAAUGGUCAGGACCUGGGCAGAAAAAGAAAUGAGGAAUUUGACAAGAUUACAUAUAGCACAAAUUCCAUGCCCAGAACCCAUUAUGCUAAGAAGUCAUGUACUUGUUAUGGGCUUUAUUGGAAAAAACGACAUGCCUGCUCCUUUGUUGAAAAAUGCUCAGUUAUCAGACACAAAAGCUCGGGAAUCAUACCUGCAAGUCAUACAGUAUAUGAGGAGAAUGUACCAGGAUGCAAGACUUGUUCAUGCAGAUCUCAGUGAAUUUAAUAUGCUGUAUCACAGUGGAGAGGUGUAUAUCAUAGAUGUGUCCCAGUCUGUGGAACAUGACCACCCCCAUGCUUUAGAAUUCCUGAGGAAAGACUGUGCCAAUGUUAAUGACUUUUUCCGGAAAUACAGUGUUGCGGUGAUGACUGUAAGAGAGCUCUUUGAGUUUGUCACAGAUCCGUCUAUUACAAGUGUGAACAUGGAUGCUUAUCUUGAAAAAGCCAUGGAAAUAGCAUCCCAGAGAACAGAAGAAGAAAGAUCUAAUCAAGAUAAUGUGGAUGAAGAGGUGUUUAAGAAAGCCUAUAUCCCUAGAACGCUUACUGACGUUAAAAACUAUGAGAGGGAUGUGGACAUCAUGAUGAAGCUGAAAGAAGAAGAUGCUGCCUUAAAUGUGCAGCAAGAUAAUAUUCUCUACCAAACAGUUACAGGAUUAAAGAAGGAUUUAUCAGGUGUUCAAAAGGUGCCUGCUCUCCUUGAUGAUAAAGAAGAAACAGAAUCUGAUUCAGAGGAUGAUUGUAGUUCUGACAACUCUGAAUCGGCCUGUAAAGAACAGGAAGAAUCUGUGCACCCUAAAGAUCAGCCUGCCGAGACUGCCGUGGAUAAAAAGGAAAAGAAGAAAAUGGCUAAAGAGGCUCAGCGAGAGAAGAGGAAACAUAAGAUCCCAAAGCACAUAAAGAAACGAAAAGAGAAGACUGCAAAAACGAAAAAGGGCAAAUAAAAUCCUAGUUGGCCUCUUAGUGCAGCGUUAGCCACUUACGACUUUAUGGGUCAGUGUUUUGGUAGCAGAGUAUUCUGGCUGCACCCCAUUCACCUUGAUGAAUCGCUCAUGACCGUUGUGGCAGGGCAUCCUGAUGGUGGGAAAGAUGGGCCUCAUGGUUUUGUACAUAUAGUAGUCAAUAGCUCUCACUGACAAUGGGUUGGACUCUGUGGUAAAUUUCUGCGAAUGGAAAGAAUGGGAGUGAUUUUUACCAUUUACCCCUCCCACUGCAAGAGCCGCCAUUUGCCCCUUGUAUUUUUCCUUAGGGUCUCUUAUUCACCCAGGAGCAGCACUCAAGGGAGUAUUUUGGGCUGCAGUGGAAAGAAAGGAGACGAUAAAGUUUCAUUCUGUUGAUAGAAAUCCCUUCUGUCUGUGGAAACUACUGCUGGAUCCAACCCAAUAUAUUCUCAUUGAGACAUUUUAAAAUUCUUGGCCAGAGAAAUUGUUUAACAACUCAUGCUUAACAGUUAUGUAGUAGAGUGGACAUCUCUAGUGAUGAUGUAUGGUGCAAUAACGUCCUUUAUUUUCCAUGCUCAAAAGGUACUCAUAAUUAUUUACAUAUAUGUAUGUAAAUAUAUAUGUAUAGGGAUAUAUAAUUUGAUCUCAUGCAUUUAAACCAUCAACUACAUUGAAGUGCUGCAGGAUUUUCCCCCAAGGGAAAGUUUUUUUUUUAAAUUCACCUUUUCAUGCUAGCUGCUCACAAUCUGUCUGCCUCACUGCCACCAAUUUUGCCAUCUUCAUUGUCUGAGUGUUUACUUAAAGGAUAACUGUUGAAGGACAGUUCUUCUCAUUUUUUGACGGGAAUAGACUCUUGAAGACUGAAAUUGGGUUCUGAGGCUCAAGAGGCUGCCUUGUUUGGGGCACUCCUGCAAGUAUCUUUUAUUCAAAUUUGUAAGCAGUGUUGGGUGUCAGCAAAUGCAAUGCAAAAAGCUAACAAUAUGGCACAUUCAUUUAAGGAACCGUGGUCUUCUAACAGCUUUGCAGAGCAAUAAUUUAUAUCCAUUACUGAAGGUGCCCCUCUGUUUUGAAAUAAACCUGAAUACAUUUUACAUUG